GGGGCGUUGUUGUGAUCGUUAUUAUUUGCAUACCCAUUUGCUGAAAUGUUGUAUAGGCCGACAGUGGUGGAAAAAAAAUAAUUGAAUGACUUUGUUAAAUUGAGUUACGGCAGCGCGUUUGGACGAACACUUCAAGACGCCGCAAAUCAGGCUACACGCAGGAAUUAGACCUAGUUCAGCACGAUCCCCGGGCAGGAACACGAGCAGGCGCUGACGUCAGCCGUCCCUGCGAACAGAGCGCUGUGCUGGAAUGCGUGCGGGACUUACAACACCCGGAACACAACUGUCCAUCUAUUAAGUUCUGAAAUCCUUUUUAAAAGUGCCUCAAGACAGGAUAUAAUUCAUCGUUCAUCCAAACAUGGCUGCCCAGACGGUGUACCCUGUGGGAGUGGUCAUGCUCACCCCGCUGGUGGGUGUGCCCAUGGGUGGGGAGGAGCAUGGGGAGACGGAGCUCCCCAGGUCCGAGCUGGCCGCGCCUCAGCUGGUCAUGCUGGCCAACGUGGCGCUGACGUCAGAGGGCGGAGGCAGCGGAGGUGGCUGCGACCACUCGUCGGAGGAAAAGCAGAUGGUGGAGCUGAAGACCGUGGGCAGCAGCUGCUACUCCGACAGCGAGGAUGAGGGGCUGGCGCACAGUACCUAUGGCGACGGCGGCAACAGUGACAUCACCGACAGUCACCAUGCCGACACCUCGUUCGGUGUCUACCCUGAAACCCCGCAGGUUGUCAGCUGCCACUCAUACAAGGGGCAGGAGGAGGAGGAGGAGGAGGAGGAGGCGCAAGAAACAGAAGGGGAGGGGCGGGGAGAGGAGGCUCCGCCCAGUCCAACAGGGAUUGGGCACAAGCGCAAGAGGACCCAGCGCCUCCUAAUGGAAAACUGCAGAAGUAAGAAGAAGCCUUUCCAUUGUAAGCCUUGCCAGUACGAGGCUGAGUGUGAGGAGGAGUUUAUCCACCACAUCCGUGUCCACAGCGCUAAGAAGCUAAUCGCGGUGGAACAGGCCCAGGAAGAAGAGGAGGAGCCAGAUAGGGGGGCGGAGUCAGCUCCGGAAGGAGGUGGGGAAGGGGCGGUCUAUACCAAGGGCGUGAUCCGCUGUGAGCGCUGUGGCUACAACACCAACCGCUACGACCACUACAUGGCCCACCUCAAGCACCACAACAAGGAAGGGGACAGCCAGCGUGUGUACAAGUGCACCAUCUGCACCUACACCACCAUCAGCCAGUACCACUGGAAGAAGCACCUGAGGAACCACUUCCCCAGCAAGCUCUACACCUGUGGACAGUGCUGCUACUUCUCUGACCGCAAGAACAACUACGUGCAGCACAUCCGCACCCACACAGGCGAGCGGCCAUUUCGAUGUUCUUACUGCAAGUACUCAAGCUCACAGAAGACCCACCUGACCAGACACAUGAGAACACACUCAGGCGAGAGACCCUUCAAGUGUGACAGCUGCAGUUACCUGGCGGCCAACCAGCACGAGGUGACACGCCACGCUCGACAGGUCCACAAUGGGCCCAAGCCCCUGAGCUGCCCGCACUGCCAGUACAAGACGGCCGACCGCAGCAACUACAAGAAGCACGUGGAGCUUCAUGUCAACCCCAGGCAGUUCCUCUGUCCCGUCUGCACCUACGCCGCCUCCAAGAAGUGCAACCUGCAGUACCACGUCAAGUCCCGCCACCCGGACUGCUCCGAGAUCACCCUGGAUGUGUCGAAGGUCAAACUCCGCAUCAAGAAGCCAGGGUCCGGUGCCCCCACCUAUUACAGCGUGGGCAAGGAGGCCCGGUACGUCCUGACAGGGAUCAAGGAGGGGAGGAUCGAGAGGAAGGUUGGCAGGAGAGAGGGAGCGAUGGGUGGAGGAGAAGGAAGAGAAGAAGCGGUGGCAGCGGACAGGCAGCCUAUAGCGGACCCCAUAAACCUAUCAACCAAAAAAUCAUCUAAAGCCAAUCCUCCUUCGACUGCCACCAAGAAGGAACAGCGAGACAAAACUCCCAAGAGGAGGGAGGAGAAGGAGACCUCCAAGAGAAGGGAGGAGAAGGAGACCUCCAAGAGAAGGGAGGAGAAGGAGACCUCCAAGAGAAGGGAGGAGAAGGAGACCUCUAAGAGGAGGGAGGAGAGAGAGACCCCCAAGAGGAAGGAUGAGAGGGAGACCCCCAAGAGGAAGGAUGAGAGGGAGACCUCCAAGAGGAGGGAGGAGAGGGAGACCCCAAAGAGAAGGGAGGAGAGGGAGACCCCAAAGAGAAGGGAGGUGACUGAGACUUUCAAGAGGAGGGAGGAGAGGGAGACCCCCAAGAGGGAGUCCAUGAGGAAGGCCCAGAAUGGUGUGACAGAGGAGAAGAGAGGAGAGAAGCCGGGUGAGAGGAAAGAGAGGGGUGGUGGGAAGGUGGCGGGAAAGCGGGGUGAGCAGAGGAAGGGGGCGGAGCAGAAGAAGAACAGGGACACCUGCAGGACGGGGAAGGCCUCCAAAACUGCGGGUGUCACAGCAGAGACCCAGCCCAGGAAAGAAAGCAAGGUCAAGAAAAUGGCCAAUGCCAUGGAAGAGAAGGAAGAGUGGGAGCAGGACAGAGGGGAGGCUGAGAAAGCAGAAGAAGAGAGAGUGGUGAUGGAGAGAGAGAGAGCAGAGAAGGAGAGAUUGGAGAAAGAAAGGGCAGAGAAGGAAAGGUUGGAAAAGGAGCAAGCGGAGAAGGAGAGAGCAAAACAGGAGAGAGUAGAAAAGGAGAGAGCUGAAAGAGAGAGAGUAGAGAAGGAAAAGAUUGAGAAGGAGAGAGCAGAAAGAGAGAGAGUAGAGAAUGAGAGGAUGGAGAAGGAGAGAGCAGAAGGAGAGAGAGUAGAGAAGGAGAGAAUGGAGAAGGAGAGAGUAGAAAGAGAGAGAGUGCUGAAGGAGAGGAUGGAGAAGGAGAGAGCAGAAAGGGAGAGGGUAGCGAAGGAGAAGAUGGAGAAGGAGAGAGCAGAACGAGAGAGAGUAGAGAAGGAGAAGAUGGAGAAGGAGGGAGCAGAAAGAGCGAGAGUAGAGAAGGAGAAGAUGGAGAAGGAGGGAGCAGAAAGAGCGAGAGUAGAGAAGGAGAAGAUGGAGAAGGAGAGAGCAGAAAGAGCGAGAGUAGAGAAGGAAAAGAUGGAGAAGGAGAGAGCUGAAAGAGAGAGACUUGAGAAGGCGAGAGGAGAGAAGGAGAGGAAGGGUGAAGACACAGAGCCAGUCAAGGGUGGUAGGCGAACAAGAGCAGUCAGAGCCGUGGGGAGAACGAGCAGAGGAAAGAUCCAGGAACCCGCAGAAGAGACGCAGGGCGAGGAAGCCAAGGUCACCUCCAGGAAGCGGAAAGCGUCCGCGUGCCAGCCUCCCCCACCCCAGAACGAGGCCCCCGCGCAGCCCAGCAGAAAGCUGGCGGCCGAGGAGAGGCGGCCGCAGAGGUCCAGCGUGCUCCGGGGAAGGGGCGAGGCGCUGAAGCGUGGCCAGGGGCCCGAACGCAGCGGCGGGCUGAGCGAGAGCAUCGACCCGUCCCCGGGAGUCAGCGUGAUCAAGAGAACCAAAAAGACCAGGGCCAAUCCGGGCCCUGCGGGGACCAAACCGGGCCCCACGGAAGCUAAACCAGGCUCCACAGAAGCCAGAGAGGGGCUUGGUCUGGCGCGCCAGGGGUCAGUUCGAGGGACCAGCCCGAAACAGUGCCCCAGUGGUGAGGAGGACAUCCUCAUGAAUGGGGUUGAGGAGGCGGGUACCUCCACUUGCCAGAAGCCUGCGGGAGGAGGAAAGAGGACUGGGGAGCGAGGGGAGGCCGGGCGUGGCAGGGUAAAUGAGGGGGCGGACCCAGGACGGGGCCCUGAAGCGGCAGAAGGGAAGGUGACCGCCGCUCCCCAGCGGCCGGAGCUCUCGGUCACGAGGCAGGGCAAGGCCACCGACGCGGAGGAGGACGAGGGCAUCCACAGCCACGACGGCAGCGACAUCAGCGACAGCGUCUCCGAGGGCAGCGACGACUCGGGCCUCCACGGCGUCGCCGUGGCGACGGCCGCGGAGAAGCCCGCCGGGCCUGGCACAGCCGCAACCACGCCGGCGGCCACGCCUGUGACCACACCCACAGAGGGACCUCCCAGCACCGCCGCCAUCAUCACACCUCAGAGCCACAGGUGCAUUUUCUGUGACCGCACCUUUAAUGUGGAGGUGGAGUACCGACUGCAUCUCAACCGUCACCUGGUGAACGUGUACUACCUGGAGAGCGCUGCCAAGGGGGACCAGUGAAAGUGAACCCAAAAUGAACCCAAAAUGGCAGGUGGCCCUUCACUAGGGGCCCCCAACCCUGGUCCCAUCACCGCAGUGUCGGCAGGUGUUCAGUGACUCAGCACUUAACCGAUGGAUUAGACACAGGUAGCUCACCUCAAACUGGUUUUGGUGCCUGGUGCUCAGUUCUCAUCUCUGUAGUUCUUACUGUACCUCCGUAUCUCAGAUAUCAGACAUCACUGGUGAAUUUUUGCUUUACUAUUGACUUUUUCUAUAUAUAUUAUAUAUAUAAAUAUAUAAAAUCUUGUGUUUGUAUUCCACUGUUCUGAAAGAUUAUGUGUUCAUUUUCUCUUAGUCUCCUUUUAGAAGAAAGAUUGCGUCUGGCCAUUGUCAUGUUGUAAAUGUAUACUUUAAAACCACCACCCUGCAGUGAAACAUGGGAGGUAUCUUUUGUGUGUGUGUGUACUGUAAAGCUUUAUUAUGGUUCCGGAAAAGCACCGCCGAGAGCAAGGGUUGUGUGUGCACUUGGCGGUUCUCGUUUCGGUACGGAUUAACUGGGACUGAUUAGGUUUGACGAAAAGAAAAAAGAAAGAAUUUCAUCUUCAGUCUUCUGCUCUUCGCUGGCACAGUGGCAGCUUCCUGAGCUUUCUCUUCAGCUCCACAUUCAGGGAUCUCUCUCAGAAUAUUUUAGGCAUGACAACAUUGGGGAAUCCCUGGUCCACCGCGUUAGAAAUGAAUGAGACCACAUGACCGGAGUUCCCCCCAGGGCUCAAUUGCUCUUCAGCGCUGAAUUGAGCGCCAGUUCAUUCUUGACUCAAGAAUGAAAACUCAAGAGGGUGUGGGCAUGCAUGGGGAGAGGGGUAUUUAUCUACAAGGGGUCUCAAACUAUGAUCUUGGGUGGGGGCCUAGUGUCUGCUGACUUUUGGUGUGCUUCAGCGGUUAAGUGCUUCAUUUAAUUGAUUUACUGACUAGAGUCCACAAACCUCGCUUCAAGGCCAAUUAAGGCAUUAAAAGAAAACAAAAAAACCUGCUAACACUGCAGCUGUCCAGGGCUGGAAAUUGAGAGCCAUGAUUUACGCUGUGAAAUCAACAAGAGCUGAACUGGUAAAAUCCCAUUGAAUCUCUCUUGGAUUGAAAGCAGCUGCUCAGUGGUACAGAAUCAUGACACCGUGUCAUUUGUGUUAAGGAAUCGGUUUGAUUUUUUUUUUACUGUGGAAUGGCCCCAAACAGAAAUGACUCCUUUCUCUACAGUUCAUGGGUUGUUUUUAGUUUUCUCUCUCUCUCUCUUUUUCUCUCGGUCCCCCUCCUCAUUCACUGCCCUGUCUGAGAGUAACAAUAGCGACUCUAUUAUGAAAGAAAAGCAUAACACUUCUAAAUGAGGAACCAAAGACAGACCCUGCGCUCCCGCGGGGAGGCUAAAUUGGAGGGACCCAGGUGGUCCUUUGCCAGUAACCGAGAGAAGAAUUCUUGGGGCUUUUUUUCAUUUGUUAGCGUGCUCCGCUAGAGAGCCGGCUUCUGAUACUGCUUCCAGACAGGCGGGGGCAGUAUGUGGAGUCGGGACAGCUUCAGGGAGGGGGGGGGGGGGGGGGCGGUUGGGGGAGAGAGACACCUCCAAAAACCUCCAGUGUGUAGCAUUGUCGUCCCCCCCCCCCCCCCCCCCCCCCCACUCGUUUGGAUUCUUAUUUUUAUUUUUUUUUAGUACAUGUGUUACCAUUGUAUUUAACCAGGAUGCAUUCACCCCCCUCCCCCAAUUCCAUAAAGAAUCACACAUUUUGAGCAGAACUAUGAAGACUAAGUGGAAUAACCCCCCCCCCCUCUUUUUUCUCAUUACGUUUUGUCUUUUAGUAUCUGUAUUCUGGGUUUACCUGCAGUUUCAUGCUGUCAAAACAGAUCUCCUAGCAACUGCACUCUUUAGAAGUAGCAGAUUGUUGAUUUUUCUGUUAUGGGGGAAAAAUAGUCCAAAGAUUUUCUUGUUUUAUACAUUGUUUUUUUAUACAUAUGUUGACGGAGCAGAUUGUCAAGACACAUGGUACACCUUUUUUUAUUUGCCUUUUGACAAUCAUUAUGUUUUUUUGCCAUUUUUGCAUUUCUCACAUUUGAACAAAAAAAGUGUUUAGCCUAUACGGUGUGUUUGCUACUGUCGUGUGCUUUGAACAGAAUCUGUGGGAAUUAGUUCUGUGCUUAGUAUAGGGUUUGUUACACCGUGUUCACAGCCACACAUGUCUAACUGUUGCUUGAUGUAAAAAUAAACUAUGAGAUUGCCUAUCCUGCCUCA